AUGGAUCCCGGUCUAGUCUACGACAUGGGUCCUUCAGAUUAUGUCAGGUUCCUCUGUGCCAUGGGCUACAACGACUCGGCAAUCAGCAGCAUAACGCAGGGAGAGAAAACCCAAUGCCGGAAACUAGGAGCUGCUACCAACGACAUGGUGGAAGAUCUCAACGUGCCAUCCAUCACCAUCCCUGAGCUGAGGCAGAACCUGACCGUGACGAGAACUGUCACGAAUGUCGGUCCUGUGAAUUCGGUCUACAUUGCUAGAGUUCGUGCUCCAGAUGGGGUUCGUGUCACGGUGGAGCCAUCGAUCUUGGUGUUUGAUUCGCGUACGAAGAAGGUCGAGUUCAGGGUCACCUUUCAUGCCAAGAGGAUGAUCCAGGGGAGGUAUACAUUUGGACACUUGAUUUGGGAAGAUGGUUAUGGUGAUGAUGAUUCCUCAUCUCAUUCUGUUAGGAUUCCCUUGGUUGUGAGAACAGUGAUCGACUAUUCUUCCUAUGCUGAAACAUGA